AUGGAUGGUUAUCGUGGAGCAGCACCGCCGUACUGGAUGCGAGCAAUGGAGCACCACCAGCAGCAGCAGCCAGUCCCGCCACCACCACCGCCACCCCAAGAACGUGUCUUCUAUCCGUUGCUGGGCCAACAGAGCCGUGGAACCUCGGGUGGUGGUGGUGGCGCCCCACGAAGCACUCAGCAUAGAACAGGCGGCGCAAGCACGGGGUUCGGCUAUUAUCUGAGGGACCAGAGUUAUUAUCCCCCUCCACAAGGACAUCAACAACAUCAUCAGCAUCAGCACCAGCACCAACAGUAUCAGGAGCAAGAGGAUUAUGGCAAUGCUGACAGUGGCGGCGGCUAUUACGGCUACGCAAGUUUCCUGGCCCAGCAACACUCGUCGAAUCAGCAAAAAUGUCGAAUCGCUCGGUAUGUUGAUAUGGACGCUUCGAGUCAUCCGCCGACCAAAAAAUCAAAAGGUUACAGUACAGUGGGCAAAACGGCAGCGAUGAUCCUGAACGAGCUGUAUCCGGAUUUCAAGACAAAUUUCAUGAUGAAUAAAGUGCCGCAUUUCGAAUGUAGUUUCACGGUGCAAGGUCAGGUAUUCUCGGCAGACGGUCCAAAUAAGAAAACGGCCAAGCAGCAUGCAUGCGAACAGGCUCUGAGAGAGUUACGACCGGAUAUUGAGCUGGAUAUGAAUGUGCUGCCGGAGCACGGCGAAAAGGAUAUGCAACAUGCAACUCUCUCCAUGAUUACUUCCUUCGCUUUGGUUAAAGUUUUCAACGUGCCGGCGCAUCAGCUACGAAUGGUAGAACGUCGUGCCAUGAAUCUUAAGCCAGGCAAACCAAUGCAGGUUUUGAUCCAAGCGCUCAGUUUCUACGAUCGCACAAUGCAAGUGGAUGUGGACACGGUUGACGGGAAGCCUGUCCAGGGCAAUAGUCGAUUCAUCUGCCGAAUUACGCUCGACAAUAAUAGUCGUCUUCACAUGUUUUUUUAUCGUGGCGUGGCGUGCUCAUUUGAAAAUGUGAUAGGAUUUUGCUGUGUGGAGGGCCAGUGGCGCUAG